AGUUGACUCGUCUUCAUUACUCAUUUUCCGCAACGCCUGCUCGACGUGCUGCUCGCCACCAAGCGAGUCGACCCUCUAUCUCACAACCGACACUCUCAACACCCUCCUCCCUCUUCGCCGCCUCCCAUCAUGGGUAAGAGCGACAUUGAGGACAAGUCCGCGCACGACGGCGUGCACGACCGCGGCGUGAUCCAGGACGCCGUCUUCGGAGAGAUCACGGAGGGCGGGCCAAACUUCCGCGGUGUCGGCCUCGGCGGCACCUUUGUCCUCAUGACCAAGGCCAACGUAGGCCUUGGCAUCCUGCAGAUCCCCUUCGUGUUCAUGACGAUUGGUCUCGUGCCCGGCAUCAUCCUCCUUGUCGCGAUGGCCCUCUUGGUCAUGUGGACAGCAACAUACAUCCAGAGCUUCAAGCUCGCGCACCCGCAGGUGUACGGCUACGCGGACAUCGGCGAGGUGCUGUUCGGCCGCGUGGGCCGGGAGGUGUUCAGCGCCGUCUUCGUGAUCAACUUCAUCUUCGUGACCGCCUCCGCCAUCGUCGCCGUCAGCACGGCGCUGAACGCCGUGUCGAUGCACGCGGCAUGCACGGCCGUCUUCAUCGCCGUGAGCGCCGUCGUAGGCUGGAUGCUCGCGUCCAUCAAGACGCUCGGAGACAUCACAUGGCUCGGUUGGGUGGGCAUGGUAUCCAUCCUUGCGUCUGUGCUCACGCUCACCGUCGCGGUGGGCGUGAACGACCGGCCGGCGGCGGCGCCCCAAUCCGGGCCCUGGGACAAGGACUUCAAGCUCUUCGGCAGCGCUGACGCCGUCGGCGGCAUCAGCGCGAUCACGAACGUGCUGUACGCGUACGCAGCCACGCCGACGUACUGGGGCAUCAUCAGCGAGAUGCGCGAUCCGCGCAUGCACAACCGCAUGAUGGCGCUCAGCCUCAGCCUCUGCUGCGUGCUGUACAUCGUCCUCGGCUCUGUCGUGUACGCCUUCUGCGGGCGCUACGUCUCCUCGCCCGCCCUCGGCUCCGCCGGCGUCCUCCUCAAGCGUGUGUGCUACGGGCUCGCGAUCCCCGCCCUCCUUGUCUCGCUGUGCAUCUACGCGCACAUCGCCGCAAAGUUCCUCUUCGUCCGCAUCUUGCAGGGCACGCAACACAUCGCACAACCGACGCGGCGACACUGGCUCACGUGGUUCGCAUGCACGUCCCUCAUCCUCGGCGUGGCCUAUAUCCUCGGCUCGGCGAUCCCCUCGUUCGGCGCCAUCGUCGGCCUCAUCGGGUCCUUGUUUACGCCGCAAACCACCAUCGUUGUCUUCCCCCUCAUAUGGUGGCACGACCACUGGCGAUACGCGCCAAAGCAGCAGCGCUCGUACGGCAUGUUCGCGCUCAACUUGUUCAUCCUCGUCGCGGGCGUGUUCUUCGUCGUGGGCGGCAUGUAUGCCGCCGUCACGGACCUCAUCAAGACGGGCUCGACGAACGGGCCCUGGACGUGUGCCGACAACUCGGGGUCGGUGCCGGAGGCUUCGUAAUGGUUCGGGGGCGUGCAAUGUACAUUUGUUUGUGGACGGAGGCGGGAGGGAAUUGGGUGAUGGCGGGGUG